UUUUACGUGGCGGUGUGUUUCCCAUACAAAACCAGGAACGCGAUCCCGGUCCGGAAUCUUGGGACGCGACCCCGUAAAAAACCUGUGAUAUGCGUCCGAAAAUUUACUGUCCAACUUGAUCACGUUGUUUUUGUUGUUAUUAAACGGACCGAAAUAUGGCUUUGAAGAAGGUUAAGGGCAAUUUCGAACGUAUGUUCGAUAAGAAUCUAACCGAUUUGGUUCGCGGGAUAAGGAACAAUAAGGAAAAUGAAGCCAAAUACAUUUCACAAGCGAUGGAAGACAUCAAACUAGAACUGAGACAAGACAAUUUGGCUGUUAAAAGCAACGCUAUCGCUAAAUUAACAUAUUUGCAAAUGUUAGGAUACGAUAUAUCAUGGGCUGGUUUUAAUAUUAUUGAAGUAAUGAGCUCCAACAAGUUCACUUUGAAGAGGAUUGGAUAUUUAUCAGCUAGUCAGUCUUUUCACUGUGAUUCAGAGUUGUUGAUGCUGACCACAAAUAUGAUCAGGAAGGAACUGAACUCUCAAAACCAAUAUGAAGCUGGUUUAGCCCUAACAUCCCUGAGCUGUUACAUCAGCACUGACUUGGCCAGGGACUUAUCCCAUGACAUUCUCACCUUGUUGAGCUCCACAAAGCCAUACAUAAGAAAAAAGGCUGUACUGAUGAUGUACAAGGUAUUCCUGAAAUAUCCUGAGGCGUUACGUUCCGCAUUUCCUCGUCUCAAGGAGAAGCUUGAGGAUCCGGAUCCUGGCGUUCAAUCCGCAGCAGUGAAUGUUGUCUGUGAAUUAGCUAGGAAGAAUCCCAAGAAUUACUUGUCUUUAGCCCCAGUUUUCUUUAAACUGAUGACCACCAGCACCAACAACUGGAUGCUGAUUAAAAUUAUUAAAUUGUUCGGUGCUCUUACCCCAUUAGAACCUAGACUAGGCAAAAAACUAAUUGAACCCCUAACGAAUCUGAUUCACAGCACGUCAGCCAUGAGCCUUUUGUAUGAGUGCAUAAACACCGUGAUUGCUGUAUUGAUUAGCAUAUCAUCUGGUAUGCCCAAUCAUGCAGCUAGCAUUCAAUUAUGUGUACAAAAACUGAGGAUACUCAUCGAAGACUCGGACCAAAACCUCAAGUAUUUGGGAUUGUUGGCUAUGUCCAAGAUCCUGAAGACUCAUCCGAAAAGCGUCCAAGCCCACAAAGACUUAAUCUUGCAAUGUCUGGAAGACAAGGACGAGUCCAUAAGACUGAGAGCUUUGGAUUUACUUUAUGGCAUGGUUUCCAAGAAGAAUCUCAUGGAAAUUGUUAAGAAAUUAAUGCUGCACAUGGACAAAGCUGAAGGAACUGUGUACAGGGAUGAGCUGUUGAGCAAAAUCAUCUUGAUCUGCUCUCAGAACAAUUACCAGUUCAUCACCAACUUCGAGUGGUACGUGACGGUUUUGGUGGAGACUGCCCAGCUGGAAUUUGGAUCGAAACAAGGCCACGUGAUUGCGGCUCAACUGAUGGAUGUUUGUAUACGCGUGCAGGCCAUCAGGUCGUUUGCUGUGGCCGAAAUGGCCCAACUUUUGGACGUCUAUGCAAGCACCAGUCAGUUUACAAUAAUGCAGGAGGUGCUGUACGCAGCUGCGUGGCUCUGCGGCGAAUUUUCCAGCGAGUUAAAGGAGCCUGAACAAACCUUGAAGUGCAUGCUGAGAUAUAAAACUUUACCUCAACAUAUUGAGGCCGUUUUUGUGCAGAAUAUACUCAAGUUAUUUACUUAUAUUAUGAUGCGCCUGGAGGUCAACCAUCAGUAUGAUGAAAUAUUAACUUUGGUUGAUUUAGUAGCUGACAAAAUGAACGAGAGUAUCAAAUCGGCUGAGCUGGAGGUACAAGAACGUUCCAGCAACACUUUAAUGAUACUUAACAUCGUCAGACAAGAAAUUAUGGAUCGGAAAGGUGGUUCAAUCAUAGAAGAACCAGACGAUCCCCUAGCCUCAAAAAUCGACGAAUCAGAAACAAUUGCCUUCCAACUUUUAACAUUAUUUGGUGGCGAACUAAACCCAGUCGCCCCAAAGGCCCAAAAAAAAGUCCCCAUACCAGAAGGGUUGGACCUGGACGCCUGGAUCAACGAACCCAUCGAAGAGUCGGACUCCGAGAGCGAGGCCGAACUGGCCGACAAUCUGUUCAUCAAACCGGACAAGGAGAAGCACCACGAACCGACCGAGGAGGAGCUGCGCAAGAGCCGCGAGGCCCGCAAACACGAACAACAAAACAACCCGCACUAUCUCAAGGGCAGCUCGAGCGAGAAAACCGACGAGCAGAUGGAGAUCGAGGCGAUCCCGGUCACCGAACUGAAGCUGAACGUGCAACUGAAGGUUGCCGGUCAGAAACGCUCCGACCAAUACAUGGAACCGAAGAAGACGAAGAAAAAGGGGAAGAAGAAGAAGCGAAGGUCGGAGAGUUCGUCCGACGAAAAUGUGGACGUGGGGCCGGCUGUUGAGGUGAAAAGGGACUUGGAGUUACCGGAGGGGGCCACCCUGUCCGAUUCGGAUUCGGACAAGGGGAACAAGGAUGAUCCGCAUCGUGCUCUCGACAUCGACCUUGAUUUGCCUGCUUAUGAUUACAGUGCGAAGGAGGAAACUGAGGUGAAGGAGAAGAAACCUAAAAAAGAUAAGAAAAAGAAGAAGGAGGAGAAAGAGAAACACGACAAGAAAAAGAGUCAUAAGAGCAAAGACGAACAAAAAAUAGACUUGCUCAAACUAGAAGAUACUAAAACUGUAGUAGAAGCAAGUGAGAAAAAAGUGAAAAAACACAAGAAGGACAAAAAAGACAAGAAAAAGGACAAAGAAGGUAAUAAAAUCAGUAAUAGAAGUUAGUUGAAGUUAGACCCAAAAGACAAAGUGUAAAGGUAAAAUAAAGGUGAAGAAAUCAAGUUCUGGUUAUGAAGAGGCUUUAGGAAUUUCUACUCCUAGCAAGGAAUUCCAGUAAAGUUUUUAUACAAUGUAUAUAUUGAAUCAAUUUUGUAACGUUUUGAGGCUUGUUUGUUUAUCAUGUCAGCAAACUGUAUAUUGUUUAUAAGAUUAAAAAAUAUAUAUUGUUUAAUAAUUG